GCAGAGCAAGGAGUUGCGCUCCGUGGACAACGUCAUUCCGUUUGAGCAGGAGCAGAUGGGCGGCGGCCUGUUCAAGACCUCCCAGCUGAGCAUGACGGUCCUCGUGGCCCGCAAGUUCUACGGGGACAUGGGGAUAGAGUCGGCUUGGGGCGGCGGGAAUAAUAUGCACUUGGCGCACCCCAGGCUUGCAGCAUCAGAUGCCUUCGCCGAGGAUUUGGUCAACUUGGUGUUCGCCAGCGUGGGGGAGAGCGCGCGCAGGAACCUUCCGCUCAGUCAUGGAUAUCCCUGGCGCCUCGUCUUGGCCUUGGCUGAGCCCACGCAGGACCUCUUCCUGUCAGAAUUCCGCGGCGACCUCGCCAACUUCGAGAAGCUGGCCAAGUGCGCGUUCCCUGGCAGCCGUGCCAUGAUCAAUCGCUCCCUCUUCCACCGGACGAGCGUGAAGCAGCUGCAGUUCUGCCUCGCGCGGGACGCCUGGCAGAUCACGCCCAG